AUGGCACCUUCUGCUCUCACGCCUAUUGAGGAUUAUCAGUUCAAUUAUGAGAAUCUGAAAUCCAUUGAUCAUAGUCUCAAGACUACAAUCGAUAAUGGAGCUAGCAAGACAAAGCAAUUGAUUGGGAGUGCCCUGAAGGCACACGUCGACAACGUUGAUCCGGAUACCUGCGAUGCCGGUGAGGAGGAUCCGUUCUUCGUUGCUGACUUGGGCGAGGUCUAUCGUCAACAUCUCCGAUGGAAGAAGAACCUGCCGCGCGUGACACCGCACUAUGCGGUCAAGUGCAACCCUGACAAGCGCGUUCUAUCCCUCCUCGCCAACUUGGGCGUGGGUUUCGAUUGCGCCUCCAAAGCCGAGAUCGACAUGGCACUCAAUAUUGGCGUCCAGCCCGAGCGCAUCAUCUACGCACAGCCAUGCAAGACCAAGUCGUAUGUUCGUUAUGCCGCCCAGCGUAACGUGAAGCAGAUGACUUUCGAUAAUGCCGACGAGUUGCACAAGGUCAAGCAGCUGUUUCCCGAUGCCGAGCUGUUCUUGCGCAUCUUGACCGAUGAUUCUGGCAGCCUCUGCCGUCUCAGUCAGAAAUUUGGCGCUUCCUUGGACUCCACUGCCGAACUUUUGGUGCUGGCCAAGCAGCUUGAACUCAAUGUUGUUGGUGUCGCUUUCCACGUCGGAUCCGGUGCUUCUGAUCCGAAGGCAUUCAUCAAGGCCGUCCAAGACGCGCGUUUCGUCUUCGACCAAGCAGCGGCCCUCGGCUUCCAGAUGCACACCUUGGACGUUGGUGGCGGCUUCAACUGCGAUGACGACUUCGAGACCAUGGCCACCGUUUUGUCCGCCUCGCUCGACGAGUACUUCCCGGAUGAAAUCCGCAUCAUUGCGGAGCCUGGUCGCUACUAUGUCUCCACGGCAUUCACCAUUGCCUGCCAUGUCAUUGCUCGCCGCACUAUCGCAGAUGCUAGCCUGGGAACUACUUCUUACAUGCUCUACUUGAAUGACGGAGCUUAUGGCAACUUCUCGAGCAUCAUCUUCGAUCACCAGAAUCCCGAGCCUCGACUCCUCAAGUGCGGUGGAAAGAACUUGUUCGAUGUUCGCCGCCCAGGAUAUGAGACUCCUUCGGGAUACGAGUACUCCAUCUGGGGACCGACUUGCGACGGCAUUGACAAUAUCUCCAAGUGCUGCACCUUUGCCGAGGUCAUCAACGUUGGCGACUGGCUCUACUUUGAGAACAUGGGUGCUUAUACCAAGUGCUCUGCCACUCGCUUCAAUGGCUUCACCGACACUCAUGAUGUGGAGUAUGUCUGCAGUGAGGAGGAUGCUCUCCCCUUCAUUGGGGCGUAA